AUGUUCCAUAUUUGCUUAACUUGCCUCUCAUUUCUAAUGUUAUUGCUUAACCUCCUAUAUUCUGCCGGUCAGCUUGUUUGUAUCUAUCUAUCUAUCUAUCUAUCUAUCUAUCUAUCUAUCUAUCUAUCUAUCUAUCUAUUUCUGUUUGUGUAUUAUCUGUCUCAGUUCGUUUCUUUCUUUGAUUGUUAUUUCUUUUUGUCUUUUUCUUUAUUUAUCUAUACAUCUAUCUAUCUGCCUACCUACCUACCUACUUAUCUAUCUAUCUAUCUAUCUAUCUAUCUAUCUAUCUAUCUAUCUAUCUAUCUAUCUUACAAACAUAUGCAUACUAUAAACAUACUUUUCUUCUUUUUUUCUUCUCCUCCUUUUUCUUCUUUUUCUUUUUCUUCUUUUUUUUCUUCUUCUUCUUCUUCUUCUUCUUCUUCUUCUUCUUCUUCACCACUUGCUGUGAACUUCAUCCUAUACAUUUAA